AGUUCGGCAAAAUAGAGCACCCAGUCCAGGUGCCUUGUCUCCCAAUCUUCACAUCUCGCAGACCCUGUGUCCUCCCUCUCAGAGUCAACCCCUUUUCGCCCCAAUACGAUGCCUCUACCAACACACUUCACCCUCAAGACGGGUGCCCAGAUCCCAGCCGUGGGCUUCGGAACAUGGCAAGCAGCACCCCACGAAGUCGAGCGAGCCGUUGAGACCGCACUCAAGGCGGGAUACCGACACAUUGAUUGCGCGGCCAUCUACCGCAACGAAGCCGAAGUGGGCGCGGGCAUCCGCAAGAGCGGCGUUCCGCGGUCAGACAUCUUCAUCACAGGGAAACUAUGGAACACAAAGCAUGCACCCGAAGACGUCGAAGCAGCACUGGACAAGACGCUAGCAGAUCUUGGCACAGAUUACCUAGAUCUAUUCCUCGUGCAUUGGCCGGUAGCCUUCAACGGCACAAGCGGAAAAUGGUUCCCACUGCGCGAAAACGGCGUCUUCGACCUCGCGCCCAUCGACCCGGCCACCACCUACACCGCCAUGGAGAAGCUGCUCGCCACGGGCAAAGUCCGCGCAAUCGGCGUCUCAAACUUCACCGUCGCGCGCAUCAAGGACAUGCUCAGCAAGACCACCAUCGUUCCGGCGGUCAACCAAGUCGAAGCACACCCCUACCUCCAACAGCCGGAGCUCCUCGCCUUCUGCAAGGCGAACCGCAUCCUCAUCGCAGCCUACUCACCUCUCGGCAACAACCAGACGGGCGAGCCCAGGACGGUAGACGAUCCGCUCGUCGGUGUAAUUGGGCAGCGGCUCGGCAUGGACGGUGGACAGCUGCUGGCCUCUUGGGGUGUGCAGCGGGGCACCGUGGUGCUGCCGAAGAGCGUGACGCCGCAGAGGAUAAAGAGCAAUCUGCAGAUCAAGGAGCUACCGACGGACGCGUUUGAGGAGUUGAAUGGGCUUGAGAGGCAUAAGCGGUUUAAUGUUCAGGCGAGAUGGGGCGUCGAUAUCUUCGAGGAGCUGGGGGAGGAGAAGGUGAAGAAGAUUGCGGAAGAGCUGGCGCCGGAGAAUCCGAUAAAGUUUACGGUGUGAGAUUGCACAAGAGACUUGCCUGCGUAGAGUAGAUUUUUUUGAUGGUGUUCUACUAGAAUUCUGAUCGCCU